AUGUUAAAUAAUGGUAGAUAUACAGGUGUUGAGGGCUCAUAUAGCUCGGAAUCCGGACAUGAUGGUCAAGACAACAACACAUUUGCUGGAGUGAACGACCGCCAAAGAGAAGCACUGGAUCCGGCAGAGGACCGUGAGAAUGUGGUCAAUGGUCGUCACAGACGCCGACCACGCGAAUUCAACGGACCAGGACGCGGAGAACCCGAUUUCGUGCGCUGGCCGCCAGGGAUCCAAAGACGAAAUUAUUUGCGGCUAUUCCUGCGUUAUCUCCUGCUUUUAGACCACCUUCUGAUGGUCUUUCUGUUCCCAUUCUCGGUCUAUAACGUACUGAAGAUUCUGCUAACGGAAGUCACCUUUUCAAACAACGAUUUCGUCACAGACAUCGCCAGCUACUGCCAUUAUUCCCGGAUUUUGAGCGACGAUGGCACCUCCGUGGUGUUUUUCAAGUCAGGCUUUGGUCUGCUGGGCAAGUUUCAUAACAUUAUUGUCUACUACUCGGCUCCAGUGUUUGUAUGGGCGUCGUCCAAAGCCGUUCUGGGCGUUUGGGCUCUGAAAGCCUACGUUUCGUUUAUCAAAACCACUUCUGUUGCUAUUUACAUGGCUUACGGUAUUGGAACCAGUGUCUACGUGUGUUUUGCUACUUUUUUCUUCGCCCUCUGUUUCCUGAUGACUAGUUUCCGACGCUACAAAGACAUUGCAAGAAUAAUGGGCCAUCUGUACCGCACCACAGUCGGUGUUUUUUGA